AUGACUUCUCCCGUCGACAACAGCCAGCCGCUGAUGGCGGCCAAGUGUGAUGACGAACAAGACCUUCCUAAGCCUGCUACCACCACAGGCAAGAAAGGUCCCAUCAUCACACUUAGACGUGCUCUCGCAGCCUUGAUUGUUCUCUUUUGCCUCCUGGGUACGGCUGGUGUGAUUGUGCUUGGCGUCAAGAUUGCUCAAGGCGAGAAGAAGUACGACGCUCUGUAUGAGGACUUCACCAACCUGUCCAAGAAGUACGACAUCCUCUCGCGCGCUGAUCAUGCUCAAGCCCACUUCCUUGCUGCCCGUGGCGUCUUCAAUGAGGAUCCUGCUCACUCCCAUGGUGGCGCGAUUGCAGUUGCCUCUGACAACAUCAUCUCCGACAUGGCUACCGUGGGAACCACAAUCAUGGUCACCGUCACUCAGACCGAAGCUGCUUUUGUGAGCUAUAGCUCGGUUGAUACGACAAUCUAUGAUGAAACCACUACUGUUGUCGUCACUGUUCCCACUCUGACGGUCACCGACAUGACUGUUACUGCCACUGUCACCACGACUGUUUUCACUUCGUCCCAGUCUCUCGCUUCGUAUACCAAUCCCUUCGCGACCUCGGCCGUGGCCCCCAUUUCGGCGUCGGCCUCUGACGUUGGCAGCUGCGAGCUUGUCACCGUUACUGUCUACUAUCCCUCGCCGCCCUGGUCCAUCGGACAGGAGACUUCCGCUCUCGCCACCCCCAUUGAGAUUACCUCUGAGGUGUUCACUCCCACCCUGGCAGAGACCUCGAGCCUCGUUAUCCCCACGCUCGCUACCCCCAGCGAGAUCACCUCCGGGUUGCCCACUCCCACGAACACGGAGACGCCAACCACGACUCCAGUCCAAGAGACCAGUGGUGUCUUGCCAAUCUCUGGCAGCCUUGCAUCCAUGUCCGAUGCCUGCAGUACCAAGACGGAGACGACCACCACCACAGCUUCUGCCGACCGUGGCCUCGAGACUAGCUCUGCCCUUCCGCUCACGACUGUGUCAGGCACGACGACUUGGACAUCGUACUCGACCGUCGUCGUCACGGUGUCCAAGCCGUCGGUCACCGGUCCCCAAGAGAUGCCCCUCCCGCCGCCCCUGGCCACCGCCAGCAGCAGCAUCGGCAGCGUCACCUCGCUCAUUCUCGAAACAAGCUCUGUGGGCGUGCCGAUCUUCCGCAACACCACCACCACGACCGUCAAGGGCACGGCCCGCAGCUUCUACAACUCGCCGCACCCGGCCCAGUCUACCUAUGUGACUAGCGGCGGCGUCAAGCAAGUUGGUGCUAGCCUCGGCCGCAACGGCAACACCAGCUCUGGCACCAUUCACUACUGCGUCGUCAUGCUGGUCGGCUUCCUCAUGGUUAUUGUUUGA